AUGUGGAAUGGUAAGUUAGAUCGGAAUAAGAUAACCGUGCUCUCAACCCGUGCUAAUAUAAUUCAAUUUUUAUUAUGGAACGUUGACUCGACUGUAUUCAUAAUUUUAGAUCAAUCUGUUGCGGGUGGAGGAUUUUUUAACUCUCCAGGUCAAUUUGGAAAUGUGAAUACACCAAACCAAGCUCAAAAAAGUACUCGACGUGCUUCCCGAACAGCUCCUAUAGUUAUAAAACAAGCAUUACAUAGUGGAGAAGAUGGUCUGAAAAUAUGGGGAACUGAAAUUCAAAUUGUGUCAGUACUUGCCCGUGUAAGAAAUAUUCGAAUGCAGAGCACAAAAAUAACUUACACAAUACAGGACCUAACAGGUAGAAUGCGAGCAGUUUUGUGGAUUGAUCAAGAAGCUAUGGAACAGGAUGACAAGGCCACACCCAAAGUAGAAGUAAAUGAUUACAUUCAAGUGUAUGGUAACAUCAAGACUAAUAAAGGAAAAAAGGUCAUGAUGGCAUUUAAAAUUCUUCCAGUUACUGAUGUCAAUGCUAUUACUUUUCAUUAUUUACAAUGUAUACAUAAUAAAGUUAAGAUGGAAGCAGACUCAAAAAAGGAGAAAGUUGUCAGUAAUAACCCAACAUUUACAAGCGGAUUACCAGCUAAUUCGAUGGUUGCAGUAAAUGACAAUGGGUCUGUUAAUGGGUUGAAUCCCCGACAAAUGAUGGUAUUCAACCUUAUUCGAGCUUCAACCAUGGAACAGGGUAUUAGCAAGCAAGACAUGUAUGCUACUUUGAAAGACCGCAUGUCCCAAAUCGAAUUUGAAAACAUUCUCGAGUGGAUGUGUGGUGAAGGUCAUAUUUAUUCUACAAUAGAUGAGGAACAUUUCCGUGCUACUGAUGCAUUUUAGAUGUUGCAGAUAUUUCAGGAAGUUUUACUUUUAUCUCUUUUUAUUCUUAUAAUUACAGUGAAAAACAAAAUAAAAAAUGG